CAGUAGGACCUGUAUGCAUGGUGGACACCUGCCAAGACUCUGUCGUCUUUGCUUUUGGAAAAAAACACAUGUUUCUGAUCUUGACUCAUCGUCUGAUGUCAUAUAUUCGCGAGGAUCAGCUCUGUGCUUUUGGAGACACCAGUCGGAUGGACACGCUAAGAUCGGUUAAGCUAUCAGUUUGACAAGACACAGGGGUGACGACAGAUGCCCCUUGGAAGCACUUUGUAUUCAGGUAAUCGUCCUUUUUUUGUCGCAGCAGGUAAUAGUACCUAUACGCGGUGGGGGAAACCAAACACCGAGGCAAUUGUUUGGAGCACCCGGUAUCGUUUACAUUGCCAGUUCACCGGCGAUCGGGCAGUGGAGGUGUUUGUAGAGCGCGUCUCACACAUCGCCUGACAAGUGACGUCUUCACCACAACGAGAUUGUCUUGAGCGGCGCUACCGCGACAACACAUGGCCACAGGAGCCAGCUGCACGGACCCUGAUCAUGGCAUAGACGUCUUCUGGUGAUGCGUCCAUAGUUAGCUACAGGAAGAAUCUAAAAAAUGGCGCCUAAAAAUCAUCCCCACCGGAAAAGGGCGUCGGGGAAGAAUCUCUUCCUGAACGCGGAGUCGCGGUUGACGGAGCGGGAGAGGCGGUUCCUGGACGCCGCGGAGUACGGCGACACCCCCACGGUCAGACGGGAGCUACAGGACAAGGGGGACGACCUCAACAUCAACCGCACGGACUACAUGGGCAGGACGGCCUUAACUUUGGCAGUAGGGAACGAACACUACGAAGUAGUGGAGUGCCUGCUGGAAGACCCUACGUUAGACUCGUCCAGAAUCAACGAACCUCUUCUGAUUGCCAUAAGCAAAGGACACGAGAGAAUAGCGGAGGCCAUCCUCAGCCACAGAGUGUAUACAGAAUGGAAGGCCUCCAAGGCAGAAACGAUCGAAGACUUGACAUUUCCCACCAAAAUAGACGAGGACGACAUGUCGCCCUUCCCGCCAGAAAUGACGCCAAUCAUCAUGGCUUGUCAGAAAAACGAAGUGGACAUCAUCUACCGGCUGGUUCACGAGAAGGGGGAGCAUGUGGUCAGACCACACGACUACUUCUGCCCGUGUAACGUCUGCGAGAACAGGAGAAAGGCAGACGCCUUCAGGUUUUCAAGAUGGCGGCUGAUGAUGUACAGGGCUCUGGCCAGUCCGGCGUACAUCUCACUCUCCUCCAGCGAUCCCAUCCGAUCUGCUUUCGAGAUCGGAGGAGAGACGAGAAAGCUAGCAGAGAUAGAGAAAGAAUUGAAGAAUGAGUAUACCACGUUGUUCAAGCAGUGUGAACAGUAUGCCGUGGAUCUGCUGGAUCAGUGUCGAACUCUAGACGAAAUCAAUACCGUUCUGAACGAGCCCUGGGAGGAUAAGAAACCCGGGGACCAGGAGGAGGGCGAAGCGGAGGCCGAGUCCGUGGAUCUUGACGAUGACAUGCUGUUGUUACCUCGGAUCAAACUAGCCAUUCGCUACGAGCAGAAAAGGUUUGUGUCACAUCCGAACUGCCAGCAGCCUCUGUACGACCUGUGGUACACCACGGCCCCCACCUCCAGACCGACCUUCAUCAUAAAACUCUUCAUGUUCAUCGUCGUCACCGCCAUGUUACCUCUACUGAUGCUGGGCUACUGGCUCGCCCCGAACAGCAAGAUCGGCACCUUCAUGAAGCGCCCCCUGAUGAAGUUCUCGCUGUUUGCAGCUUCUUACUUCAUCUUCCUGGCGCUGCUGAUCGUACAGUCGGCAGGAGUGGGCCAAAUCCCAGGCGCGAACAUCACGGUCCACCCGGCUGUAAUCUCUCAGUACCGCCUGCCGUCCUCCAUCGUGCUGCGUCCGGAUAUCUCCAGUUGGCUGGAGAUCACCCUGAUGCUGUUUGUGGCAGGGUUUGUUCUGAUGAAGUGCCGGCUGUUGUGGUUCAUCGGUUGGACCAGCUUCUCUCGCGAGAAGUGGAACGCGUACGACACCUUCAUGUCCAUCUUCCUGGUCACGUGCUACGUCCUGGACGUCGCCACGCACAUCAAAACAGCCGAGGCUAGAGCGUUCUUUAACGUGACCGGAGCUGAGAGUAUUGCUACAGUCCAAGGAGCCGCAGACCGUAUAACAGUGUGGGGUCAUUACCGGUUCCUGGACUCAGACCGUACAACAUGGCUCGGAGAGGAUCCCAAGCUGGUGUCGGAGUGCCUGUUCGCUGUCGGCUGUACCAUGGCCUUCUGCAGGGUCUUCAUCAACUUCCCCAUCAGCGAGGAACUCGGCCCGCUACAGAUAUCGCUGGGACGUAUGAUGGGAGAUAUCAUUAGAUUUAUCAUCAUCUUCUUCGUCAUCUUCGUUGCGUUUUGGAUGGGUCUGUUCAACCUGUACAACUACUACACGCUAGAGGGGAGACCGGUGGAGAGCUUUGGUUUCAUUGAUUGGUACCAGGCCUUCAGGACGCUGUUUUGGUCGCUGUUCGGGAUGGUUGAGCUGGACUCGGACCCUACCAUUGUCCCGGGGGUGGAGCAGGAGUUGGUGGAGAGGGUAGGCUGGUUUCUGUUCGGGCUGUACAACGUCGCCUCCAUCAUCGUCCUCCUCAACAUGCUCAUCGCCAUGAUGAACAAGUCGUACGAACACAUCACGGCGGACUCGGACGUGGAGUGGAAGUUCUCCCGUGCUAAACUCUACAUGCUGUACUUUGGCAAAGGUAUCUCCGUGGCGCCCUUCCCGUUCAACCUCGUCCCCACGCCGUCAGGGGUGUACAAAGGUUUCAAGUGGCUGAAGCAGAAGUGCAAGAAGUGCAAGAGGCACAGGAACCUCUCCAGUGUGGACAUACGGGCCAACGAGAACUCCGGUGAAGCGCCUUCAAUUAACGGCACGAUCAUCCCCAUCAAGGCGCUGGUCAGAUGGCGACACCAAGCGCAAGUAAACAAUGUUUUCUCCAGGUCCAGAGUGAGGGAAUCCAAGUACACGACCGUCAUGAGAAGACUCGUGACCAGGUACAUCUUUAAGUUGCAGAAGGACAAGGAGAACGAUGAAAUCAACGAAGGUGAACUAGAGGAAAUUAAGCAGGACAUCUCGAGCCUGAGAUUCGACCUCCUGGACCAGUACCAGCCGGCGUCACGCCCGGGCACGUCCACCAGUUCUCCCGGGAAAGCGUCUAGCGGCAGCGGCUCCGACGCCGCGAUGAUCGCGCAGCUUCUUAGGAAAGACCUCGCCAAAACCGUGCGGACGCAAGUCACAGAGGCGCUUCAGGCGCAGGCCCCGAAAGGCAGCCCUCCGGGUCCCAAAGACGGAAAGACGUCUCGUGAAAGUACACAUGGCUCAGACAUUGCUGUCGUUGUGUAGUACUUCGCUUUGGAUCGUUAUAGU